CCUUAAUCAACAUAGAACGUGGUGGGCGUUUAAGAAAGGUCCCCGGAUGCAGUUGUGAUUGACUGUACACUGGUAAAAAAGUUUCGCUCUAGUCGAGAGGUGCGUCUGCAGCCCGUGUGGUAGGUCGGUGUUAGGAAGGCAGCAGGACAGGAGACAGAAUGCAGAACGUAAAGUGUGUAGUGGUGGGGGACGGUGCCGUGGGUAAAACAUGCCUCCUCAUCUCCUACACCACCAACGCUUUCCCAGAGGAGUACAUCCCCACCGUGUUCGACAACUACAGCGCCCAGAUGACGGUUGACGGCCGCAUCAUCAGCCUCAACCUGUGGGACACAGCCGGACAAGAGGAGUACGACCGCCUCCGCACUCUGUCCUACCCCCAAUCCAACGUCUUCGUCAUCUGUUUCUCCAUCGGGAGUCCUUCCUCCCACGCCAACGUCCGCCACAAGUGGCACCCGGAGGUGUCUCACCACUGCCCCAGCGUGCCCAUCCUCCUAGUGGGGACCAAGAGGGACCUGAGGAGUGAUGGGGACACGGUAAAGAGGCUGAAGGAGCAGGGUUUAGCUCCCACCACACAGCAACAGGGGAACAGCAUGGCUAAGCAGAUAGGAGCGGUGAAGUACAUGGAGUGCUCUGCUCUGACGCAGGAAGGGGUCAGGGAAGUGUUCAGCGAGGCAGUACGGGCUGUGUUGUAUCCCGUUACCAAAAAGAAUGCCAAAAAGUGUGUACUGUUGUAAUGGAGGGACACAGAUGGGGAGAAGGAGGGAGAGACAAUGACGGCGCAAGGUUGAGUUUGUUGGAGGAGAUGGACUCGGCCCCCUCUGCCUCUCGGCCCCCUCUGCCUCUCGGCCCCCAGGCCUCUCGGCCCCCUCUGCCUCUCUGCCCCUUUGCCUUUAAAGACUCUUGAUUCAGCUCACUUCUCUCCUUCCUCCAGCCCCUCAAAAUCAAAUCUGGAACUCAGUCAGUUCCACUGCUUUUCCCCCUAAUUCCCCUCUAAUCAGGGACUGAUUUAGACCUGGGACACCAGGUGGAUGAUUCCCCUCUAAUCAGGGACUGAUUUAGACCUGGGACACCAGGUGGAUGAUUCCCCUCUAAUCAGGGACUGAUUUAGACCUGGGACACCAGGUGGAUGAUUCCCCUCUAAUCAGGGACUGAUUUAGACCUGAGACACCAGGUGGAUGAUUCCCCUCUAAUCAGGGACUGAUUUAGACCUGGGACACCAGGUGGAUGACUCCCCUCUAAUCAGGGACUGAUUUAGACCUGGGACACCAGGUGGAUGACUCCCCUCUAAUCAGGGACUGAUUUAGACCUGAGACACCAGGUGGAUGACUCUCCUCUAAUCAGGGACUGAUUUAGACCUGAGACACCAGGUGGAUGACUCCCCUCUAUUCAGGGACUGAUUUAGACCUGGGACACCAGGUGGAUGAUUCCCCUCUAAUCAGGGACUGAUUUAGACCUGGGACACCAGGUGGAUGAUUCCCCUCUAAUCAGGGACUGAUUUAGACCUGGGACACCAGGUGGAUGAUUCCCCUCUAAUCAGGGACUGAUUUAGACCUGGGACACUUGGUGUGUGCAAUUAAUUACAAGGUAGAACAGAACCAGUUGUUCGGACCUUUGUAGGGUCAGAGCUGAGUACCCUGGCUCUAUUCCUUGUCCUCAGAGUUUAAUCCACUUCUAAUUCUAUCAUCACCAAGUUGACUAUACCAACAGGGUGCAGAUAGCUUCACUCCUCCCAGUCCGCUCAAACCUGUGUUAGUGUUAUCACUUGAUUUUUGUUUUGUUUUGUUGCAAUGUUCGAAAGAUGCUUCUGCGUAAAUAAUCGGUCUGUUUUGUUUCGUAUGAUCCCUUGCCAUUAAGAUGUUUGUUAAUAUGCCAUGUUGGCUGAUAGAGCUGGAGAGAUGAGCUCUGCCUUAGUAAGAGGUUAAUCAUUACCUCAAUCACAGCCUCUCCAGUUGGUUAUUCAGGCUGUUAUUCAGGCUAUCUAUCAAGGACUGUUGAAAACACACCUGGAAAUAGCCUAUACGUUUUGGGCAUCUUGUUCUGUACAGUUCUCUGCUUUAGCUAGGUAUCCAGUUUACCUUCUUAAUGUCCCUUCAAAUGGAUAUUAGCCUAAUCCAAGUAUGAUGCAAGGGCCAAAGCAAUGGGUUUGUGUGCAGACAUUUUAAAAUCAAUGAAUGGAUUGGUUGGAUGUUGUGAGUUUGUAUGAUUUAAUGCUGACAGGAAUGGCGGACAUAUCAGAAUGUCGGUUCUAGUUAUUUAUGCCAAUUACAUUUUAAUGUGCCUUAUUGUAAGAUAUCUGACGUUUAUUGUAUCUACCUUAUUGAUUAUUUGCUUUAGAUGCCAAAACUGUUUGUGUGUGUGUGUGUGAGAUACUAGAGUUGAUUAAACUCCACGUUACAUCCUCUCAGAAGAACCAAAGCUUUAAAUGAAACCAAAGCUUCUUUAUCAAAGUUCCAUGAAACCACUUUUUGACACAAUGUUUCUCCCCUCGGUCUACUCUAAGACUGAUGUAGCCCCAUAACUGACAUCAGAGCAGUGUUGUGGGUGUUGUGGUGUGAACUUGUGUUCACAGCCCUUAGCGUUUGCCUCUAGAAUGCUACAACCUAUAUAAUGCUGGUAAAUGGAGGCUGGGGUUUGAUUACUGGCUGUGAUAACUGACAAUAACUACAACAGGAAAUAGGGCUGAGAUUGCACAUUUAUUUUCACUUUUGUUUUUGUGCAUUUGAUUAAGUAAAUGAAACGUGGGCAGUAUAGUCUGGACAUCUGAUAGGGUAUCAUGCUGAAAAUGUACAGGGUCAGACCUAUUUACAUGUGCAUCACAAAUGGCACCCUACUGCCUUUAGUGCAUCAAGUAAGUAAUAGGGUACCAUUUGUGACUCACUCAGAGUAUUAAAGAAUAAAACCAAGAGAGCAAUUAAAACUCAUUCCUAUGUUAUAUAAUCUUUAAAAAAAAAUCUAUAUAUUCAGGUGUUCAGCUGGUAUUUAGAAUAUAAACGUAACUGUAACCAAUCAUGGGAGUUCACUCCUAGGUAGGGAGAGAGAUGCAAAUUAUUGUUUGAGAAACAAAUCUGUGUGUGGAAGAAACAUGCCACUCCACCUCAAGUUCUAGAGGGAGUUCACUUUUUAAUCUGUCAUGUGGAGAUCCUUCAGGGCUUCGUGGAAACAGAUGUUGGUUGAACAUAUUGCUCAGACCUAUGUUUAGAGUGUUUUAAGAGAAUGAAAGCAUGUCUGUCAGUGUAAAUGCUAUGGGUUGCUUGUUGUGCUACUGUGUCCUGAUAUUUACUCUGUCUAAACAGAACACACACCUGUGGCUUUUUUGUCUGUGGUCUUACAGCUAGCUGUGUGUAUAGGCCAGUGUUUUCAGAACUCCUGCGGCCCCCAAGAGGUUCAUGUUUGGUUUUUGCCCUAGCACUACACAGCUAAUUCAAAUAAUCAAAGCUUGAUGAAUCGGCUGUGUAGUGCUAGGGAAAAACCUGAAUGUGCACCUCUUUGGGGUCCCCGGGACUGAGUUUGGGAAGUAAUGGUGUAGGCUGGUGUGUAUGUGUGGGGUACUCUAUAAUACUAGGCUGGUGUGUAUGUGUGGGGUACUCUAUAAUACUAGGCUGGUGUGUAUGUGUGGGGUACUCUAUAAUACUAGGCUGGUGUGUAUGUGUGGGGUACUCUAUAAUACUAGGCUGGUGUGUAUGUGUGGGGUACUCUAUAAUACUAGGCUGGUGUGUAUGUGUGGGGUACUCUAUAAUACUAGGCUGGUGUGUAUGUGUGGGGUACUCUAUAAUACUAGGCUGGUGUGUAUGUGUGGGGUACUCUAUAAUACUAGGCUGGUGUGUAUGUGUGGGGUACUCUAAUACAAGGCUGGUGUGUAUGUGUGGGGUACUCUAUAAUACAAGGCUGGUGUGUAUGUGUGGGGUACUCUAUAAUACAAGGCUGGUGUGUAUGUGUGGGGUACUCUAUAAUACUAGGCUGGUGUGUAUGUGUGGGGUACUCUAUAAUACAAGGCUGGUGUGUAUGUGUGGGGUACUCUAUAAUACUAGGCUGGUGUGUAUGUGUGGGGUACUCUAUAAUACUAGGCUGGUGUGUAUGUGUGGGGUACUCUAUAAUACAAGGCUGGUGUGUAUGUGUGGGGUACUCUAUAAUACUAGGCUGGUGUGUAUGUGUGGGGUACUCUAUAAUACAAGGCUGGUGUGUAUGUGUGGGGUACUCUAUAAUACACUGGGAACUUGAUUUGUUUGUAGAAUUUUUGUAAUUUCAUAUAUUCUGAACAAAAAUAUAAAUGCAUUAUGCAACAAUUUUUUGGAUUACACUGAGGUACAUAUACAUAUAAGGAAAUCAGUCGGCUUAUGGUAUGAAAUUUAACAUUUCAUUCUAUGGCAACAGCUCUGGUGGACAUUCCUGCAGUCACCAUGGUAAUUGAAACUUCCUUUAAAACAUGAGACGUCUGUGGAGUAGUGUUGUGAAAAAAACUGCACAUUUUAGAGUAGCCUUUUAUUGCCCCCAGCACAAGGUGCACCUUUGUAAUGAUCAUGCUGUUUAAUCAGCUUCUUGACACCUUCACACCUGUCAGGUGGAUAUGAGAAAUGCUCACUAACAGGGAUGUAAACACAUUUGUGCACAACAUUUGAAAGAAAUAUGCUUUUUGGGAUCUUUUAUUUCAGCUCAUGUAACAUGGGACCAACACUUUACAUGGUGUGUUUAUAUUUUUGAUCAUUGUAUAUCAAAAGUCUAUUUGUAUAAAUGAAUAAUGAAAUGAUUUUAAACUAUGCUAAAUAAAAUUUGUUAUAGUUAAA